UAUGAGAAUUAAUGCCUUUAUAUGUAUAGCAAUUAGCAAUUAUGGAACUCCCUUGAAUUCACUCCCAUAUAUAUAUAUAUGUAUUGUGUAUGUAUAUCUAUAUCUAAUAUAUAUAAAUAUGUCCACAGCAACAAUAGCAACAAGCACUAUAGCAGCAAAGAGGACUAGGUAACAGAACAACUCAAAAGCCGAGAAAGCAAAGACUUACAACCCCAAAAACCCCACAUUUCCGUCAUCGCUUUUGCUUUAUUUCUUGCUCGCAGAGAGCCAGAAAUAACAGCCAUAAUAAUUACUGGGGGUUCUGGUUCUUCAGAGCCUUCAAUCGGAAAUCAUGGGUUGCUGUGAAUCAUCAUUUGUAACGGAAACCCACCCAGAAAGAGACCAAACUCAGCAGGAGCCACAGCAACAGCCCCACCAACCGGCGCCCGCUGUUGGCGGACCCGAUAGCGACGAUGUCGGCGGAGGGGUACGGCCUUUCUCGGAGUUCUCCUUCUCGGACCUCAAGGCCGCCACCAAUAACUUCAGCUCCGACAACGUAGUCUCCGAGGGCGUUGAGAAGGCCGCCAAUGUUGUCUACAAGGGUCGCCUCCAGAACCGGCGCUGGAUCGCUGUCAAGAAGUUCUCGAAGAUGGCCUGGCCUGACGCCAAACAGUUUGCAGAUGAGGCUCGGGGAGUUGGGAAACUAAGGCACAAGAGGCUAGCCAAUUUGAUAGGGUAUUGCUGUGAUGAGGAUGAAAGGCUGCUCGUUGCUGAGUACAUGCCUAAUGAUACUCUUUCCAAGCAUUUGUUUCACUGUAUGUAUUAGAAUAUUUUUUUCUUA